AUGGCUGAACACUUUAAAGAAGCAAGCAGAUGUCGUCACUGCAUGAGUUAUCUUGAAAAACCCAUGUACCUGAACUGUGGGUAUGUCUGCUGCCUCCAGUGCAUCAAUUCACUGCAAAAGGAGCCCGAUGGAGAGGGUUUAUUGUGCCCCCUCUGCUCUGUGGUCUCUCAAAAGAAGGACAUCAGGCCUGGUAUCCAGCUGGGGGCGCUGGUUUCCAAGAUCAAGGCGUUAGAGCCCCAGCUGAGAGCUGUUCUCCAGAUGAACCCAAGGAUGCGAAAGUUCCAAGUGGAUAUGACCUUGGAUGUCGACACAGCCAACAACCACCUCAUCAUUUCUGAGGACCUGAGGAGUGUCCACUGUGGGUAUUUCAUACAGUAUUGGAGGACGCGUGCUGAGAGAUUCAUCUAUGCCAUCUGUGUCCUGGGCUCCCCUCGGUUCACAUCCGGCCGCCAUUACUGGGAGGUAGACGUAGGGACAAGCAAAGAAUGGGAUGUAGGCGUUUGCAGAGAAUCUGUUAAUCGACAAGGGGUAGUUGUACUGUCUUCAGAACUCGGUUUCUGGACUGUGGGUUCAAGAAAUGGAGAUGUCUUCUCAGCCAGCACUGUGCCUGUGACUACUCUCUUGGUGAGCCCUAGGUUACAUCGAGUAGGGAUUUUCCUGGAUAUGGAUAUUGGGAUCAUUUCCUUUUAUCACGUUAGCGAUGGAUCUCAUAUUUUCACGUUCAGUAAAGUUUCUUCUGCAGAGCCUCUGCGUCCAUUUUUUGCUCCCGCAAAUCCAAUGAAGGACGAUCAGGGCUUCCUGAGAAUCUGUCCUGUGGUGAAUCCAGGAAUCAGUCCUCCAACGAGUCCUGGGCAAGGCAAAUGAACCUCUCACUGCAGAAACAUUCACAGAAAGUUCCUCUGUGCUCGUCGCUUUAGCUGGGAAAGUUUCUGCUUGUUACACACGUGGUACAAAAGUGUAGCAAGAAACUAUGGAAGAAUUUACAAAUAAUGAACAAAAUUAAUUAUAUUUAUUAGGAAAAACUACAUUGCCAAUACUUAGUAAUGUCAUGGUCAUUUCCUUUGGGACUUGUUUAUAUUUCUGUUUCAAUAAAUACGUUCUGAACUUUCAGAUGAAUUUCCAAAUAUUUUCCCAUUUUUUCUGAAGAUCAACUUAGUGUGUAAUGGAGGUUAUUAAUUAAAUGAAAACUUGAAUGUGACCCAAAGGAUAUAUUGAUUUUGUAAAUGAUAAGGAACAAGACCUAUAUAAGCAGUAAAAAUACAGGUAUGUGUGUACUAAGUUUCACUCAACAACUGAAAAACACACAUUCAUAUCAAAUGCACAUAAACAUUCACGGAACAUUGAGGAGCGUGGCUAGGGCAGCAGGAGCAGCUUAUUCAGGGAAGUGGUUUCACCUGAACCCUAAUCUCAGCCUGAUCCCAGAGGAGCUCUGAAAUGUGAAUGGCACCACAGUUUUCCCACCUCAAAGUAACAGGUAUGGGCCAUGGCCACCUCCUCUUAUCUCUGACAUUUGCUGCAGGCCGUGGGGUAGAGAGAGUGGACCCUCCCAGCAUUUUCCCAUGAGCCAGCUGCCGUCAGCCCAGGGCAGUUCUUUAGAGACUGCUGAGUCUGUCACUGCAGGUGGACUGAG